AUGCGACCUUCAACACUCGCCUUUCUCGGCGUUAGCGCUGCCUCUUUUGCGCAAGCCAGAUCAACCUCCCGCUCAACUGACCCCAGUUUAGACCGGCAAACUUCCGACGACCUCCAACGGAUGGCUAGUCUCGCGCAGGCUGCCUUCGAAGAUACUAAGUCGCAGAUCGAAACCGGUGAAGUCCAGAAGCGUGGGGGUACUUGCACAUGGAACAAUGUUCGAAUCCGCAGGGAAUGGGGCUCGCUGAGCAGACAAGACAAGCUCGAUUACAUCGAAGCGGUCAAAUGUCUGCAAUCUAAGCCUUCUCGCACCCCGUCAUCGGAGGCGGCAGGUGCGAAGACAAGGUUUGAUGACUUUUUGGCAACCCACAUCAACCAGACCACGACAAUACACUACACCGGCAACUUCUUGUCUUGGCAUCGGUACUUCACCUGGUUGUACGAAGAAGCUCUCCGCAACGAGUGCGGCUACCAGGGCACCCAGCCGUACUGGGAUUGGCCCAAGACAGCAAUCACCGGUAUGGAAAAAUCGCCCAUCUUCGACGGGAGCGAAACUUCCAUCUCUGGAAAUGGCGAAUUCAUCCCUGGGCGUGAAUCGAUUGUUCUCGGAGCUGCACAGGGCCUGCCUCCGAUUUACCUUCCUGUCGGUACCGGCGGGGGAUGCGUGACCUCGGGGCCCUUUAAGGAUAUGGUUGUCAACCUUGGCCCUGCUGCCCUAGACUUGCCCGGUGGUGUUGUCGAGUCGAGUCCUGGGGGACCCCUCUCUUAUAACCCUCGCUGCCUCAAGCGUGAUCUGACGACGGAGGUCAACCGUGUCUUCGCCAACAUCACCUCCGUGCUGUCCAACAUCCUUCAGCCCCAAAAUGUGUACGACUUUCAAAUGCAAAUGCAAGGUGUCCCAGGCAGUGGCAGCAUUGGCAUUCACGGUGGCGGCCAUUACGCUCUUGGAGGAGACCCUGGAAGAGACGUCUUCACUUCGCCAGGUGAUCCGGUUUUCUACCUUCACCAUUCUAUGAUUGACCGAGUAUGGUGGAUGUGGCAGAUGCUUUCGCCUCAGGAGAGGCAAUACGGCGAGACUGCUCUUGCCGGAACCAACACGUUUUUGGAUCAGCCUCCCAGUGCCAACGCGACCAUGGAUGAUUUCUUGGGGUAUGGAUACGUUGGCGCAGAGCCCAUCAAGAUCCGGGACACUAUGAGCACUGUUGCAGGACCAUUCUGCUACGUAUAUCUUUGA